CAGGUGCUGGAAGGAUUGGCCUACUGCCAUGACGAAGUCGGCGUUGUCCACAGAGAUGUCAAGCCGGAGAACAUAAUGGUCAGUGACGCAGGACAGAGGCGGCGCCCCGUCCGCCAAGCUCAUCGACUUCGGCAUCGCGCUGCGCGCCGGCGACCUCUGCGACGAGCUGGAAGGCACAGAGCCGUACCUUGCGCCGGAGGCGCGCUACGGCGCGCGGGCGCACCGGGCCGUGGACCUGUGGAGAGCGCAGGGGUGGUGCUCCACGUGCUGCUCACGGGCCGGCUGCUGCCGGAGGCUAUCCAGCUGGGCCACGAGCAUUUGGACCUGGAGAGGGGCGCGCUGUCGGGGCGACGAAUGUCUACUCCAGCCAAGGACACGGAACGACCUCAUCUCUGGCCUCCUGCAGCCCGACCCCCGCGGGCGGCUGACGGCGGCUGCCGCGGCGGCACACCCCUGGCUGCGCCGCGCCGACCAGGGCCCCGCCUCGCCCGCCGCCGCCGCACCGGCGUGCCCAGGCCGGUGGAAGGCGCUGGCGGUGUGCUUUGGCCAGCUGGCCGGAUCCUCGCAGCUGCGGGCGUUGAGGCAGAAGUGCCAGGGCCUCGCGGCGGACUCGCAGGGGCGCGUGGGCAAGGAGACGAGCUCGCGGGGCUGGUCCGCGCCACCGCGCUGGCGGGCGCCGCCACGCUGCCCUUCUGCGUCGCCGAGGCGCUGUCCACCCUGGACCUGGAGGGCUGCGGCCGCGUCGCGAGCGACGACUGGCUGGCCUGGCUCGUGGCGGCCGCCGAGGGCGUGGACGCUGCCUACAGUCUGGCUGGUUCGAUCAUGGACAAGGCCUUCCAGGCGGCGGGCGCGGCGCGCCGAGGAGCGGCUCCGCGCCAGGUGACGCAGCUGCCCACGCCGUGCCGCUCGCGGGCCGGUGUGCCCGCGCGCCGCCCGGUCUCCGUGGACCUCGCCCUGGCUUGCUGACGCGGCGCCGCGGGCCGCCACUGCGCCGGACGGCGAGGCCGAGGGCGCGCGGCGAGCAGAGCGAGCGCACGCCCUCGGCGCCGGGGGCGUCGGCCGCUGGCCGCCUGAAGGGCUGCUGGGCGGCCCCGCGUGCCCGCUGCGGCCUCGCUCCCUCCUGGGGCGACGAGAUCUAUGGGGGAUGUAUGGCGGGGGGUUCGGGCUCAGCGUCUCGCGCCGUCGGCUCCGGCCUACCGCGCUCCGUCGCGGCACCCGCGGGCCGGCCCCCUGGCGUCGACGUCUCGAGCCUCCUCCAGGAAGAAGCGCGCUGGCCAUGACCAAGCUCUCGCGGGCUCUCGUCGGCACUGACUUUGGUCUUCGAUGUUGGCAUCUCUUCCUCGGCAGAGUGCAGGGUUGUCAGAGUCGGCCAGGCCUCGUCCGAAAACAUCGAGCCGCCAGAUGCCUGGGGAGGGAGCGCGGGAGGAGCUAGACUCGCGCGUGGUUGCGCGGCUUGGCGCAACGGCCGAUGAUCCUGCGCAUCGGCCAUCGGGGCUGCACGCUCUCCAGGAAUGCGUGACGCAGCUUUUUAGGAUCCGCCGCGCGUGGGCGCAGGAUGGGAUCGUGAAGAAUCGGCGGGCGCUGGCGGCAUAGGCCAGUACCCACCGACCGGGGCGCACGUAUCGGCGCAUCCCCGAACAGAGAUUGCUUGUGAAUUCCGAUUUUUUGGUCGCAGUCGUACUCUUCUCGAGCCGCGCCCCUCAGGGGAACUCAGGGGCGCCGCUCGCUAGGCGUGGAGCUUGCGCGACGCCGGUCGUGGGAAACCACGCGUCCGGUGCUUUAGUUCGUUUGGAAUCACCCCCGUUUUGCGAUGGCUUGUGGCUGGCCUGUCUAGUCAAUGACCUUUCCCCCUUCGCAGGGGUCCCGGCACCGGCCCGCGCUACUGUGUAUGCGCGAGGCAGUCAGCCCUGGAGCAAGCGAAAUUGAAAAUUAGCAGUAUGCUGGUUCGAAUUCGUUUCAAUUGUCCCGCCGUAGCGCGGAAUGCUAUGUCAAUUUGCGGGCGGAGCGGGAUAGCCGGUGCGACCUUACCGAAAGCGGAUUUUGGUCAGGCGGGCGUCAUUGCGUCUUGCCCGAUGUAUGCAUACAUUUUUAUACAGAUUCUGCAUUUAAUUAGAGAGGGCGGCUGGAUACACACCGCGACGCCGAAUAUGACACGGUGCACUCCGACGCAGAUGCCGACGCCAAGAGCCUCGGAGGUGUCCCCAGCUGCCCGGAGUGCCCUCCCGGCGGGCCCUGUACAGACACAGAUUUUAGACCGCCUCGCUCGGGGGCCACAGCAUGUCGAACACGCUUGGGCCCCGCGCUCGGCGAGCCUGCCGCAAAGGGGCGGGACCUGUGUGCCCUCGGCGGAGGGAGGCCUUCGCGCGUUCGAUAUCGCCCGCGGCCUCUCCGCUGCUGGGGGGACGAUGCACGGCGCAAGCAUGAGAAUCGCAGACGCGUCCCCGCUCCGCCGCCCUCCCUCGCUCUCCUCGUUCGCGCCGUUCCUGCCUCCAUCGUCCCGCCUGCGCUCGCGCCCCGCCCCCCUUCCCCG